GGCCCCCUUCGCAUUCAUCUGGGCCGCCUUGAGUUCGCUUUGAGCGCGGCGUGACGACAUAGACGCCCCAACCGACGUGCGCACUCGGUUUCCUGCAUAAGUCUGCCGUGCUAGGAUCUUCGACGCCUCGAUAGACCCAGCCUACUGGCCGGGCUACUGCUCAUAUCCGAGCUUGGGAAGCGUGCUGAGUGCAGUCAACGUCCGUCGCUGAGGGAGCGGCCGUCGCACCCUCAACUAAAGCCCAGAACGACUCGACGUCCUCAGCAUGAUAAGACGAGGAAGAACCGAAGGAUGGCUGAGAGAGCCUAUCCAAGGUCUGCAUACCUGGGCCAGUUUCCAUGGCGUCAAGUUUGAUGGCAUCAAAGUCGGCCCUUUACCAGGCUUCGAGGAUCGCGGCUCUACAGUGAUAGCUGCACGGGAACUCAUCGGCGAAAAAGCUGAGCCUCUGAUGACCAUCCCUAAGGAACUCAUUCUCUCAAAGCAGAACAUCGAGCUGAUGGCAAAAUCUGAUCAACAUCUCCACGAGCUUCUCCACGCUCUUGAUGACUUCGGACGAACCACUCGAGGAGCAGUUCUGACGUUUCUACUGUUCCAAGCGACCAUUUGUUGCCCAGGCGUCAAGGAUGUUGGCGUUCACACGCCGCUCACCGAGUACAUCAAGUACCUCCCAGAUGAACUACUUCCCACUUUUUGGAGUGAAGAGGAGCUCGAGCUUCUUGACGGGACUACGCUUCGCUCUGCUGUCCGGGCUAAAAUGAACAGCUUGUUGCGCGAAUUCGAGGCAUUUCGCGCCGCGACGGAAAAUAUACAUUGGUGUGCUAAACUUUGGUGGGACGAGGACGAUGGCAUGCUUACAUUUGACGAUUGGUUGCGCGUUGAUGCCAUGUACCGAUCUCGAGCGCUCGAAUUUCCCGGCGUGGGAGAUGCUAUGGUGCCUUGCAUUGAUAUGGCUAACCAUGCUUCUGGUGAUGCUACCGCCGCUUUGUAUGAAACCGACGACGAUGGGAACGCAAUUCUGAUAUUGCGACACGGUAAAGACAUAUUAGAAGGCGGUGAGAUAACUAUCACAUAUGGUGAUGACAAAGGCGCUUGCGAAAAUAUCUUCUCCUAUGGUUUUCUUGAAGAUUCAAUGGCAUCUGCCCGGAUAAUGUUCCUCAAUCUCGACAUACCAGAUGAUGACCCACUUCGCCCUGCCAAAAUUUAUGUCUGCAAUACAGCCCCUGGAUUCCGCCUCGUAGACAAGAAUGACAGCAUAGAAUGGGAGAGCGACUUUGUCUGGCUAGUAGUCGUUAAUGAAGAAGACGGACUCGAUUUUAAAGUGAGACAGACAGUGGACGGAGGCCGAGAGAUACAAGCCUUCUGGAAAGAGAGCGAGUUAAACGACACAUCGAAGAUACGUACAUUUCUGGAACAGGAUCCUCUAUGGGAAGUAUUCCAGCUGCGAGCGGUCGUAUUAAUGCAGGGUCGUGUAGAUGCGCAGCUCGCAACAUUGGAAACACUGGGCAGCCCGACGCAGGAGGGGUUGAUUAGGGAGAGACCAUGGCGCCUUGCCACGCAACUACGCAAACUAGAGCGGAAAAUGCUAGAAAGCACAAGAACAAUUUUGGAUAAGCAGAGAUCAGCUCUUCUGGACACAGAAACCAUACAGCGAUACUUGGGACUCAUUGAUGACGAGGAUAAGGACGAAGAACAGGUAGAAGAAGACUUCACUUGAGUCGGAAGGCCUCCCCACAUUCAUAUACGAUCCUAUGCAUGCUCCCUAUGAUAGGCCACGUCAAAACCAGGUGGCAGAUGGGUUCCAUGGUACUGUUAAUAUAAAGCCACGCCUCUCACUCCCGCUUUCCAAUCCCGCCACCUCACGGCGUGCCAUGUCAGGCAGGUACCGUCCGUCAGCCAUCGCGAUUCUGGAAAAAGCACUGUGGAGGGCCGCCACACCGCGGCCUGCUCUGAUUAGCAGACAUCGCGGUUCGCUUGAUUGAAGUCGGGUUGUAUCCACUCCUGCCGCACGAAUCUUAAUGUACCAAAUAGUGGCGAAAGCCGCAUCCAUCGAAUCAAAAAGUAUCG